GCCAGUUGCCAGUGUUAUUCGGUUCGUGUUUUCGGUAAGAAGGUGUUGUGGAGCGGAACAUAGCAUGGAAAAAGGACAACAGAAUCAAAAGUUUUCCCGCAAGAGCUUUAAAGCAACCUAGGACCUACUCCGCUGAAUCCAAGGCGAGGUCCUAACCAACUGUGAUAACCGAGAUUCAAGGAUCAAAUCUAGGGUUAGUUAAGCCAAAGGAUUCUAGGGGAAAAACGAAACGAAAGGAUACCCAAAGAUGUUCCUCAACAUAUUCAACUCGGGCAUCUUCCAGUGGCAGUUCCGCCGUCAGCUGCUGGUCUCAUUGAGCGCCACGCUGAUAACAUUCUGUCAUGGCAUCGCUCUGGGAUGGGUUUCACCGAUGCUACCGAAACUCCUGUCGCCCAACGAGACGCCUUUGUCCUUUCACAUCGAUGUGGACCAGGCCUCAUGGCUGGGAGCUGUCAUCAGCAUUGGCGGCAUCUCUGGCAACUUCUCAUUCUCCUACCUGAUGAAUCGUUUCGGUCGUAAGGUGUCGAUUUAUGCCCUGGCAGUGCCGCACACGUGCAUUUGGUUUAUGUUCUACUUCGCACAGAGCAUCGAGUGGUUGUAUGUGGCAAGGGUUUGUGCAGGAUUAACUGGCGGUGGCAUGUUUGUUGUCCUGCCAAUUUUCAUUGGCGAAAUCGCUGACAACAGCAUUCGUGGCCGUCUGUGCUCCUUUUUUACGCUCACCAUGAACACAGGAAUAAUGGUGGGCUUUGUCGUGUCCUCGCACGUACCCUAUCACGUUAUUCCCUGUGCCGUGGUGAGUCUUCCGGUGCUAUAUGUGUUCCUGGCCACCCGUUUUCCGGAGCCGCCGCAGCAACUGAUUCGGUGGGAACGCGAGGAGGAGGCCGAGAGGUCCCUGAGGUUCUACAGACGGUGCGAUGGGCCAAAUGUUUCCAAAGAGGCGGAACGCGCGUACCAAAAACAGUUCGAUGAGAUGCGUUUGGCCAUUCAGAAGCAAAACAAAGAUUCGGAUAACAAAGGGCUUUCCGUUCGUGAUUUCUUCAAUAAGCGUUCUUUGAAGGCUUUGGCCACGGGCCUGGUGCUGAUGAUAGCGAACAUUUUCACCGGCACCUUUGCCUUCAUCAAUUACAUGUCGAAUAUCUUCGACCAGGUGAACACACAGCUGGAUCCUAAUACGAACACCAUCAUCAUUGGAGCCGUCCAGAUUUUGGGGACCUUGGCAAGUAUCUACGCUGUGGAUCGCUAUGGCCGGAAGGUCCUGUUGAUCGUGUCCUGUGCAGGAAGUGGAAUUGGAACGGCUGCCUUUGGUGUGUACGCCUUCUUUGUGGAGCAACAGGAAGUGGAUCUAUCAGCCUUCUCCGCCUGGCUUCCUGUUUGCCUGAUGUCCUUCAUCAUCUUUAUUGCCAAUGUGGGCGUAAUUUCUGUGACAAUGGUGGUGCUGGUAGAGGUCCUGCCACAGAAGAUCCGUGCAGUGGCCACCAGUUUCUGUUUGGGCUGCCUCAGCUUCUUCGCCUUCACCUCGCUGAAAACCUUCCCGCUAAUGAUGUUCCAUCUGGGCCUGGCGGCCACCAUGUGGUUCUGUGCAGCCACCAGUGCUCUGUGCCUCUUCUACGUGGUGGUCUGCCUGGAGGAGACCAAGGGUCGCUCCAUGUAUGACUAAUGCCGAAUAAAGUUAAGAUAGUUAGUCCGUU